UAAAAGGUUCUCUCUCCACUGAAAUGCAGCCACCUUUGAGGUGGAAGCAGUUAAACCACACACAGCAGCAUCACACCAGAGUUUAGGACAGGCAGUGAAGAGGAGUAUUGUGACCUAGUGAAGCAUCAGGGGGAGUUCUAGUUCCUGAACAUGUCCCGGAAGGAUCCCUGCCAGAAACAAGCCUGUGAAAUACAGAAAUGCUUGCAAGCAAACAACUACGUGGAGUCCAAGUGUGAAGCUGCGCUCCAGGAGAUGCGGAAAUGCUGCGCUCGGUUCACCAAGGGCAGGUCCGUCUGUUGUUCAGGGUUUGAGAGAGAAGAAAUGGAGAGGGAAAAGGCUAAGUUGACUUCAAAAGGAAUUUCCCCACCACCUCAGUAACACAAAGCAUGGACUCACUUGAAGAGCUCGUGUGUGUUUUUUCAAGCCUUCUUUAGACUUUCAGAAAAGCCAGAUUGCUCCUGGAACACACCGUUCAGCACACCAAAAAGCAUUACACAGUACCAACAUAUGGCCUGGUUAACAAACUUUAUUUUCUGUACGAAAACAUAAUCUAUGUUGCCUCUGCAUCACACCUGUGAAAUGUCAACUUGAUGUCUUUAGGAUGCUUACCUUACUCUAAUCCAUCCUUGCUCUAAAAAUGGAGAAUUGGAACAGAGUUAUUCUGGCUUCUGGAGCGAGAGGUACAGGAAAUGAGCUCAGGAGAGUGAGUUUAAACAUGAAACAAACCCAUCUUGAUACAACAAAGGUAGUGCUGCCACCGUGCAGUAGCUCCAGACAACAUUUGCCUGUCCAGUGGUUCAAGCUCAAGAAUGGGCAUCAGGUCUGAUGAUUGUUCCUAAGUCUUGUAUAGAUCAUGAGUGACUGCACGUCACUUUGCCUAAGUGCCUCACUUUUCCACUGGACAGAGUUGUUUAUUUUAUAUUUGAAUUGCCUACACGCUGCUAUUUGCAUGAUAAAGAUAAAGAUGUUACGGGAAUAUAAUUUCAGGGAUUGCUACAGGGAUAGGAUAUUUUUUUAAAAAAGCAAUAUUCAUUUGAAAGAUUUGACUGUUGAUACAAAAUUUAUAAAUUUAUGUCUAAUUGAACACCUUUAAGCAAUAUGCUUUGAAUCCAAGUCUAGUUAAAACUGCUGAUACCCAAAGGCCUGUCACAGAGCCCUGGGCUAGAUCCAAGAACUGACUUAGGUGCUGCUUACUGAACAAGCAGUUGUAGGCAGUUAUUUUCCACACAACAUUCCAGACUCACUCCCAAGCCGGCUGUGUCUGGGCCCCAGGAGAGAUGGCUUUCCAGAAGCUCUCAGCCAUGCAGCAGAAUUUCCUGUGACCUGUAGGAAGAGCUCAUAGACAGGUUCCUGCACCACCCUUCAGAGCUGCCUGUCUGCUGUCCCCUGUAGCAGGAGUCCAGGCACCCAGAUAUCAGGCUCCCAACCCACUAGCCCUAACUCUGUAUUAGAUCUAGCCGUAAAGGACUUUUGUGCUGUGAUCAAGUACAACUUACUUAUGAAAUAGAGCUUCUAUAAACCACUGAGGUCUAGGCACAAUAGUUGUGUGUACUGAAGCCUAGAAGAGCAAACCAUCUGUAUUCACUGCUCUGAAAUACCAUGGUACAAAAUAAACGACUGGAACAAA